UUGGAUGAAAAUGAUUUAUAAAUCCGAAAUAUUCUCAUAUUUAUCGUGUUGUAGCCAUAUCGCAACAGUGUUUGAUUUUCCGAAAAAAAAACUUGACUUUUGUUCAAAAUGAAUCAAUUACUUCAAUUAACCACUUUUGCCAUUUUGUUUACUAUUGUUUUAUCGGUUCCCAUAACCGGUGAUCAUAGUAAAAAACAAUUUGAAGAUGAAUGUAAACAGGCAAAAAAUUACCUGACGUCUGCCAUAAAACAAUAUGAAGAUAAUGUUUAUGUUCAAACUUUUGGCAAAGUUCUUAUUGAUGGAAUAAAUCGAUUAGAAAAAAGAACCGAUGAAGUCAUUAAAAAUACAACCGAUGAGGCUAAAAAACAAGAAGCAAUUAAUUUUGGUUAUGAAUCAUGUGAACGAGCUUACCUUUUCAUAAAGGAUAUUGAGGAUAAAUUGAAACAAUAAAGAGAUCAAUUGAAAAAAAAUUCAAAGAGCGUCAAUUUUUGAAAUUUAAAUCAUUG